AUUCUUCCACCUCUCCUAAUAACAAUCAAACGUUGCCUUACCACGAAUGAGUGCAGCCCGGCGAUCAUACUUUUGUCAUCAUUGUGAAGCACCAAUUGUUUUAAACCACCGUGGGCAACGGCCGUCUUGUCCGCAAUGUAACCAAGAGUUCAUCGAGGAGCUUACCGAUGUGCCGAGAAGAAACCCAAGCUCAGUAGCACUGCGCAUGCAGCAAAGUCGAAGCUCUUCCUCUUAUUCUGUGAUUCCUAUCGACGCCAAUGUUUUCUUCUCUCCAUUACUGCAAGCAAUUCUUGUAAACAAUGAUAGCCGACGGCGCAGACAAGCUUCACAUAUUCCACCUCCCAACACUAGUGGCGUUACUAACACUUUACCUGUCGUUAUGAUUAACACCACCAGAUGGGUUUAUACUUCAGUCAUAGCAGACAGGAUGCCUAUGGAUUCACCUUACGAAUAUGGUCAUAAUGGAAUGCGACAAGAUACUCACAAUCUACAACCGCAAACAAAUAGCUCGGUAAGGGCCAAUACACCCAGUUCGAUACAAAGACCUGCUCCAGUUCAUUCACCUCCUCUUUUCGCGUCUGUCGGUACCGAAAACGAUCGAAUUGUCAAAGUAUCAAUGACAGAUACAGAACUUGCGGUAAUGCCAUCAUGUGCUGUUUGCAAGGAAGACUAUCGCAUGGGGGAAAGAGCGCUUAAACUUCCAUGCUACCAUGUGUACCACCGCGACUGUAUAAAACCUUGGUUAAAGAGGAAAAAAACAUGUCCACUCUGCCGACGCUACGUAGAGUAUAAGUCUUCAUCUUCUUCUACACGGUCAACAAAUGCUGUGGCAGCCCAAGCUUAACAAAAUUAACUUCCAAGAACGAAUAUAUUGUAUAUAUUUAAUAUCCUUUACCAAUAUGAACAUAAAGAAAAAAGAAGCAA